AUGGGAGUGUUCACGUUUGUGUGCAGGGGUUCUGGAGACGACUGGAAUGCGAAGCAGGUGAAGGGUGACCUUGAGGCCUCGGCGGGGUCUACCUUCGAGUUGCAGAGGAAGCUCGUUCAGGCUGCCCUUUCUUGUGACUCCUCUGGUGGGGUUCAAUCGUCUUUCUCAUUUGUCACCCCUUCCUCCGCUGUUUUCCAGUAUGUGUCCAAAGCUCCUAUAAUAUGGAUGUCGUUUUUGCUUGCUGGUGUUUGUCAGUGCUUGUUGAACUUUAGGCAUGUGACUCAAGAUGGCAGCUGU